UUUUCCAUUUUUUUUUUUUUUUGGUUUUCUGUCGCUACCAUGUUUCGAUUUGCUAGAUCAUUUAAACAUACUCGCAUGCCUGUGAUGGCUGCAGGCGCCUUUGCUACUACAGGCUUAGUGUAUAUGGCAGUUCAAUCCGAUCGCAAGGUUCACGCCGAUGCCAAGCAUAAAUUAUCCUUCUGGGAAACUUUGCCGGGUGAAAAUAUGCCUGUCAACGAAGGAUUGGCCAAAUUACGAGGUUUUGCAGCCGAACAACGAUUUCGUACAGCGCUGGCUCAGAAUAACGGCAAAACUGAUUUUGAUGUGGUCAUUGUGGGAGGAGGCAUUAUUGGUUUGGCGACAGCGCGUGAAUUGCUCAAACGAUUCCCUACAAUGACAGUGGCGGUGCUAGAAAAAGAACGUGAAGUAGCCGCUCAUCAGACCGGUCACAACAGUGGAGUGAUUCAUGCGGGGAUCUACUAUAAGCCUGGAUCCAGAAUGGCCAAAACAUGCGUACGAGGCGCAGAUCUAAUGUAUGAAUACUGCAAACAAAAUCAGCUGCCGGUGGAACGGUGCGGAAAGCUUAUCGUGGCUGUCAAUGAGGAGGAACACAAGACGGUGGAGCGACUUUUGGAAACGGCCACGUUGAAUGGUGCCAAGGAUCUGCAAAUCCUAAACAGUGAGGAGAUCCGCAAGUUGGAGCCCAACGUGGUUGCUUAUUCGGCUCUUUAUUCGCCCAAUACCGGCAUUACUGAUUUUGGUCUAGUGGCUCAAUGCAUUGCAAAUGAAAUCGUUCAAUCGGGUCGUGCAGAGAUCAAGUUGGCGUUUGAAGCCAAGAAAUUUCAGGAAAGACCCGAUGGACGAGUGGAAAUUUGGGGUGCGGAACCCAACCAACGUGGACCGACAUUGAAAGUGACGGCCAAGAAUGUCAUCACCUGUGCAGGAUUUUAUUCAGAUCGUGUGGCCGGUUUAGCGGGAGGCGAUGCUAGCCAAGCCAAGGUGGUGACUUUCCGUGGUACUUAUUAUCAGCUCAAGCCGGAAUACCGUGGCAUCUGUCGUAUGAACGUUUAUCCUGUUCCCAGUGGUGGUGGUAUCCCUGUUGGUGUCCACUUUACGCCCACUGUCAAUACGCGUCGUGGAAUUCAAAUGAUUAUUGGACCCGGAGCAUGCUUGACAUUCUCUCGGGAAGGAUACACAUUCAGCAACUUAAACUGGACCGAUCUCUUAGGUUCUCUCACCAACUUAAACCUGUGGCUUUUUGCUCUCAAGAACCCAUCUCUGUCACUGGGAGAGCUGUACAAGGAUAUCAAUAAGCGCGCAUUCCUCAGAGCAGCUCAGGCGUACGUACCGGGAUUGACCGAAGAUAUGGUGGAGGAAAGUUUUGCGGGCGUCAUGUCACAGGUGUUUGAAAAGGGAGGUGUAGCCGCGAAUGACUACAUUUUGGAACGUAAAGUGAUGAACGGCAAGAUUCUCUGUGUGCGCAACGCACCUACUCCUGCAUGCACGGCAUCAUUGGCUAUUGCGGAGAUGCUGGUCGAUACGGCCACCCAAGACUUUGCCUGGGAUCACCAAGACAGCCAGCAUAUCCAGGAGUCCAAAGCCGUCCAGUCCUUGGCGGUUGCUGCAUAAAUUUCUACUCUUUUCUUUUCAGUUCACUCCACACACAAACCUUGUUCACCAUUUUACUGAUAUUUCUGCAUCCUCUUGUAUUUCACAAAUCUUUUAAUAGCUCUCAGGAUUUUUCUGCAUCUUCUAUCUCUGUCUUUAUCUUUUUGUUUUUGUUGUUUAACAUGUUGCUGUUGACC